CGCCCUCCUCUCUCUCUCUUUCCUGGCUUAGCUUGGUGGAGAGGUCUCCCUCAACUCCAACCAAACCAAAGUGGCCUUUUAUGGUCUUUCUGAUUAAAAGCUUCAGAUUUCUUUAUUCUCCCCUUUUCACGGCCAUUUGAGCUUCUGGGAUUCUUCUUUUUGUUCUCAAAAGGAGAUGUUCCCUGUCUUGAUUCAUCGUCAGGAAGCAUCGAUUCCACAGGAAGAGAUCCACAGCCCCAGUCUAGUGCUAACGGCUGAUCCCAAGCCCCGACUCCGAUGGACGGCCGAUCUCCACGAGCGGUUCGUCGAUGCUGUCGCCCAGCUCGGAGGCCCCGAAAAAGCUACUCCGAAGACGAUUAUGCGAACAAUGGGUGUAAAGGGACUUACACUUUUUCAUCUUAAGAGCCAUCUUCAGAAGUACAGAUUGGGGAAGCAAUCUGGCAAAGAAAUGACAGAGCAACCUAAAGAUGUUCCAGGUAGCAGUUCUUUGUCUCCAAGAAUGCCUACUCCUGAUAUCAAUGAGAAUCAGGAAGUUAAAGAGGCUUUGAGAGCACAGAUGGAGGUGCAAAAAAGACUACAUGAGCAAGUCGAGGUUCAGAAGCACAUCAAGAUUCGAAUGGAAGCCUAUCACAACUACAUAGACUCCUUGUUGGAGAAGGCCUGCAAGAUCGCAUCGGAGCAAAUUGCAUCUGGUGGUUUUAAUGGGCAGCUUGGUCCAUCACAAACCUCUCUCAACAAGUCUGUGUUUCAGCAGCUGCCGCUUACCGAAUCUUCGCCUCACUUCAGCCAUUAAAGGCUUGCUCUGAAGCUCGGUCAUGGCAUAUUGUUUCUAGGUGAAAUUUUGAUUCCAUUUCAUUUCAAACCUUGGGUUCUAAAGUUUCAUGAACUCUUAGGGGAAGAAUGUUGCCUGUACUCUCUCUUCUGUCUUCUUUGUAAGGGAAUUUUCUUCAGAUAUCUACUGGUUUCAUCUGAACAAAUUUCUAUUAUAUUAUAUUAAUUGCAAUCCUUAUAUUUGCUUUA